AAAUUUAAACAUUUUUACAUUCCACUGGCCACCAUUCCCCAUAACAAUGGAUUUUCAUCAACAAAUCUUUAAGAAAACCUUCUUAUUAAAAAUAUAUUUCUUCAUGACAAAUUGCCGUUGACCACAAACAAUACCUAACAAUGUUUAUCUAGCAAUUAAUACAAUGCACCUUUCUUUCUAGCAGAUUAGCAGAUUGAGUUUGCAGAACAUGGCUUCUUCGCAGCAAAGAAUCACAAUUAAUGCAAAGGUAUGGUCUCUGCAGACAACAAGAAACCUGCUUUCCGAGCGAAAGAAGUAAAUCAUUCCCCUUCAGCGCUCCCGCUCCCGCUCCCGCCUAGCCACCAUUUCCCUGCUUUCUUCUUCCUCCAGUCUCCAAUCCCAUGGCGGUGGCGGAGGUGCCGCCACCUCCUCCGCUCCGCAGCCAUUGAAUCCCAAUUCUCCCCUCCCCCUCCUGCUUACGCCGCCCCGUUUCCCUUUUCGUCCGACUCCUACUCCGAUCACGUGCUCUCCCCCUACGGCCUCGACGACGCGGCGAUCAAGACUCUACCGCUCUCCAUUUUCUCCAAAUCAAAAGCAAAGCAACCGGCCUCAACAAAUCGGGACUGCGCAGUCUGUCUCUUCGAGUUCGAAGACGGCGAAUGGCUCCGCACCCUACCGAUCUGCAGUCACGCCUUCCAUAUCGAAUGCAUAGACGUCUGGCUCCGAUCCCACCCCACCUGCCCUCUCUGCCGUGCCGCCAUCUCCUUCCGAUCCGAAUCUCCAUUCAUCCCCAUGCGAGCGGCUCGCAUCCGCCCUAGCUUCGACGACAUCGUCCUCGAACAUCCGGCAGCAAUAGAUCCAGCCUCGCCGAUUUCGGAAGAAAGGGGGAGGGGCUUUCCCCUAAAGAGAUCCUACUCCUUCGGAUUCGAGCGGAGCGUUGGCGCGGAACGGAUGGUGAUGGAGAUUACCGCGGCGGCGACCGUAUCGCCGGCCUGGGGACUCCGGCAUCAGCAGCACCAGGGCAACCAUCAUCAGCAUCGAGGUUUUUGGAGCAAGCGGUGGGCGUCGCCGUUCGGAAGCGGGGGUGGUUCGGCGAGACCGUAUUAUAAUCGGAGAUCGCCGUUUGUUCGGCGAUGGGGAUUCGUGCCGCUAUCCGGAGGCGGCGGUGGGGCGGUGGGUUCUUCAACGGCGGCGAUAGGCGGGAGGAGGAGCAGAUCGAUGACGAGUCCGUCGGCGAUGGGGAUGGGGAGAGCGCUGGGAUUUUCGUCGAGCCGGAUGAGGUGCGGGGAUCCGGAGGCGCUGAUUUCGCCGGAGAGGUUUAACCGGCGUUAACCGGUUGGUAGGGCGUGGGGGGACCGGGAGUAUCGGGUGGCCACCGGUGAAGAUGGCUGCUUAAUGGCGAGUGGGAUGGGAGAAUUUAAUGAGCUGCUGGGGAGCUUUAAAUGAGAGAGAGAAUAAACGGUGGCGAUGAGAGAAGGGAGAGAUGGGCGGCGCGAUUUGAAGAAGCAUUUAUUUUAAUUUUUUAAAAAGUCUGGGGCUCCGCUGACUGACUGCAGAUGAAUUCAUAUUUGUAUGUUGGCAAUUAAUGCGAUAUUUGUUGAGGAUUUU